AUGGCGAUUGCUUGUAGAUGUGUCGUGAACUGGGAGCACGCUUCCAAGAAGGCUCGUUUUAGCCAGGGUAUUAAUCCUAUAGGGAAUUUAAAUUCAGGUGGGGUGUACGUGUGCAUGUUGGCAGGGGUGAAGCGUGAUCAGAAACCACAUUCAGGUUGGUACAGAGGUUAUACACUACGAAAAAAAUCCAAGAAGGUAAGUGUUGGCGGAGCGGAGUGCUCAUUUUUCUCUCGGAUAGAGAUGUAUUACGGCGUUGGACAACAUGAAACAGUUAUACCCAAUGAGCUCCCCUUGAUUCAGGAGGUUACCACUACGCUGCGGGAAUGGUCUAUAAUAUGGCGGCAGUUAUAUGUUGUGAGUAUCAACCUGGGAAAAUACUUACAAUACCAUACAGUUUGUGAAAAGAGUGAUGCUGUGAAGCAAGAUAACAGAGAAAUGUUUCGCAGUGUACGGCACAUGAUAUAUGAUCUUAUUGAGUGGAGAUCUCAAAUACUGUCUGGGACCCUGCCCCAGGAUGAACUCAAAGAACUGAAAAAGAAAGUGACUGCCAAAAUUGAUUAUGGCAACAGAAUUCUUGAUUUAGAUCUGGUCGUUAGAGAUGAAGAUGGCAAUAUUUUGGACCCAGAGCAGACCAGCACGAUUAGCCUUUUCAGAGCACAUGAAAUAGCUUCUAAGCAAGUUGAAGAGAGGCUACAGGAGGAAAAAUCUCAGAAACAAAAUAUCGAUAUCAACAGACAAGCCAAGUUUGCUGCCACUCCUUCAUUUGCUUUAUUUGUAAAUUUAAAAAAUGUAGUCUGUAAAAUAGGAGAAGAUGCUGAAGUCCUGAUGUCUCUGUAUGAUCCACUGGAAUCAAAAUUUAUCAGUGAAAACUACUUGGUGCGAUGGUCAAGCUGUGGACUCCCCAAAGAUAUAGACAGAUUGCAUAACCUUCGAGCAGUAUUCACCGACCUGGGCAGCAAAGACCUGAAAAGAGAGAAAAUCAGUUUUGUCUGUCAGAUUGUGCGAGUGGGCAGAAUGGAGCUGAGGGACAACAACACGAGAAAACUAACCUCCGGGCUGCGGCGACCGUUCGGAGUAGCAGUAAUGGAUGUUACUGACAUAAUCAACGGCAAAGUUGACGAUGAGGACAAACAGCACUUCAUUCCAUUUCAACCGGUGGCAGGGGAGAAUGAUUUCCUUCAGACUGUUAUAAACAAAGUGAUUGCUGCUAAAGAAGUUAACCACAAGGGGCAGGGUUUGUGGGUGACUUUGAAACUUCUUCCAGGAGAUAUUCAUCAGAUUAGGAAAGAGUUUCCACACUUAGUGGAUAGGUCAACAGCCGUGGCUCGGAAAAUGGGGUUUCCUGAGAUUAUUAUGCCUGGUGAUGUUCGUAAUGACAUCUAUGUAACAUUGGUUCAGGGAGAUUUUGACAAAGGCAGUAAAACAACAGCAAAGAAUGUAGAAGUGACAGUAUCUGUUUAUGAUGAAGAUGGCAAAAGAUUAGAGAGUGUUAUUUUUCCUGGCGCUGGUGAUGAAGCCAUCUCAGAGUACAAGUCAGUAAUAUAUUACCAAGUAAAGCAGCCUCGCUGGUUUGAGACUGUAAAGGUCGCAAUCCCCAUUGAAGAUGUGAACCGCAGUCAUUUAAGGUUCACGUUCCGUCAUAGAUCAUCACAGGACUCCAAAGAUAAAUCUGAGAAGAUAUUUGCCCUAGCAUUUGUGAAGCUCAUGAGAUACGAUGGAACAACUUUGAGAGAUGGAGAACAUGACCUUAUAGUUUACAAGGCAGAAGCAAAGAAGCUGGAGGAUGCCUCAACGUAUUUAAGUCUGCCAUCCACUAAAAUAGAAUUGGAGGAAAAGGGACACUCUGCAACAGGGAAGAGCAUGCAGAACCUUGGAAGCUGCACCAUCAGCAAAGACUCUUUCCAGAUUUCUACUCUAGUUUGUUCAACAAAACUUACCCAGAAUGGUAAGUUCAUAGAACUGCUGGAGCUUCUGCUCCUCGCAGUUGGAGUGGGGUUGUACGUACUGACUUCCCUGCCUUCUCCGUCCCCCUUCCUCUGUGAACGGACGAAGCUGGAGGUACCAGGAAAUGCAGAAGGAGGGGCAAAAUGGCAUCACAAGCAACAUCCCCCUCUAUUUGAUCUCUUGGGACUUCUGAAAUGGCGAUCUAACACAAACCUGUUGCAGCAGAACUUGAAGCAGCUGAUGAAAGUGGAUGGUGGUGAAGUGGUUAAG